AUGAAAAAAAAUAUAUCUAAUGCAAAGAAAACCGAUAAAAGUAUUAGUGAAAAAAAGAAAUGUCAGAAAAAAAAAUUAACAGAUGAUGAAGAUAAACAUAAACCCACAAUUGUUAAAAAUAAAAAUUUAAAAUUUAAAAAUAAAUCUACAAAAAAUAAAUUGUCUAAAAAAGUCAAACAAAUAUAUAAGAAUAAUGAAAAUCAUAAUUCUAUUAAUUUUUUAAGUUCUGACAUAAUAAAAGUAAUAGAUACUAAAAAUAAAAGAAAAAGUAAAUUAAUCAAAAAAGUUCAAAAUAAAAAAAAACAGCAAAUUAAUGAUAAAAAACAAAAUCAAAAAAAUCUUGAGGAAAAAAAUAAAAUUUCUGACCAAAUUGAAAAUAAGAUUAAUAAUAAUAAUAAAUUUAUAAAAAAGAUAAAAUCUAAACAUACAGAAUCUGAAAUGAAACAGCGAAAUAACAAACCAGCAAAAUUAAAUUCAAUGUUACAAAAAAAACAACUAAAUAACAAAUUAACAAAACUGAAUUUGAUAUCAAGAAAAAAACAAAAAAGAAAACAAAAACUAAAUAAUAAAGUAAUAAACUUAAGUUCAACAUUAAAAAAGAAAGUAAAACAAAAUAAGAAUAAAUUUUCAGAUUCUUCAAAAAAAAAUAAUUCUGAAAUAUCUCCUAAGCAACAUAAUUUAGAAAAAUUAUUUUCUAAAGAUAAUGAACAAGAAGAACGAAAAAAAAGAAAAGUAAAUGAAAAACCACAAUCUUUAAGAGAUAGAAUGAUGGCUAAAUUAAGAGCUUCUAGAUUCAGAUAUUUGAAUGAAACACUUUAUAAUAAUGAAAGUUCAGAAUCUAAAAAAUAUUUCAAAAAUGAUCCUGAUGCAUUUAAGGCAUAUCAUGAAGGAUAUAAACAGCAAAUCGAACAAUGGCCUUUAAAUCCCCUUGAUGUUAUAAUAUCUUCGAUAAAAAAAAUACCAAAGCAAUAUAUAAUUGCUGAUUUUGGAUGUGGAGAAGCAAGACUUGCUGCUACAGUUCCUCAUAAAGUACAUUCUUUUGAUUUUAUUUCUCUCAAUAAAAAUGUAACUGCUUGUGAUAUAGCACAUACCCCAUUAUUAACAAGUGGAGUAAAUAUUGUUGUAUUUUGCCUAUCUCUGAUGGGAACCAAUCUUAAAGACUACAUUAUAGAAGCAAAUAGAGUUCUUAAAAAAGAUGGAAUUUUAAAAAUAGCUGAAGUUGAAAGUCGAUUUGAACAUAUAGAAGAUUUUAUAAAAGUAAUAAAUAGUUAUGGUUUCAAAAAUACUUGGAAAGAUUUGUCUCAUAACUUAUUUUAUUUUUUAGAUUUUAAAAAAGAAAGAGAUAUUAGUAAUAAAAAUAAGUUACCUCUUAUAACUUUAAAACCAUGUUUAUAUAAAAAACGUUAGAAAUUAAGUAAUAAUUUAAUAUU